ACACGGGCAGCCGAGCUGCCGAGUAAAACGAAAGGAAUCAGAACGUAUCUGUAUCUCAUUCCUGCUUUUACACCACGACCGGAAGACGAAGCAAAUCUGACCAAACAGCCGCGCCCGUCUUCUUCGCAGAUUCCUUUUUCUUCGAUCGACAUCCUCAAAGAAAAAGGAAGAAAAACUUCUGCGAACCCUCCCCAAAAAGCCUGCGCGAUUCCUCCCCAAAAACUUCUGAACUUCCCGAUUUCACCCGACACAGCCCCAAAAGUCCUAGCGAUUACACCGAUCAAGCCACCACAACGAUGAAGCCCGGCUCCCGCAAGCGCGGCCCGCCGCCGCCGGGCUUCGUGGAGGACCGAUCGGAGGCGGCGGCCCGAGUCGAGCGGCUUCUCCAGUACCGGUUCCACGACCGCGCCCUGCUUGAGCUGGCGCUCACCCAUCAGUCCUUCUCCGGCGGCGCCGCCUCGUACCAGCGGCUCGAGUUCCUCGGCGACGCGGCGCUCGACCUCGCCUUCUCCGACUUCCUGUACCGGGCCAACCCCACCCUCGGCCCUGGCGAGCUCACCACGCUCCGGGCUGCCAACAUCUCGACCGAGAAGCUUGCGCGCGUCGCCGUGCGCCACGACCUCUACCCGCUGCUCCGACGUGCCUGUCCUCCCCUCGACCUGCUGGUAGGCCAGUUUAUUGAGUUGGUAAAACAAGAGCUAGAGGAUGACUUUUCCACUGCACCUUAUGGUGGUUGUGUUGUGAAGGCUCCCAAGGUGCUUGCUGAUAUAGUUGAGGCCAUUGCCGCUGCUGUCUAUAUGGACUGCAAAUCUGACAUUGAAAAGUUCUGGAAGGUAACAAGGCGGCUCUUCGAGCCCCUUAUCACGGUAGAAACAAUGCAUGAGCAACCUAUGUCAAUGUUGAAUGAACUAUGCCAGAAACAUGGGAUGGUUCCACAAUUCAAGGAAUCGAAGAAAGGUGAAAUGACGGUGAUAAAAAUAUUUGUUGGUGGGGCACUUGUUGGGAUGGGCUCCUCAGAGCAGAGAGCAAUUGCUAAGCUCAAUGCUUCACGGGAUGCAGUAAGCAAGCUUCUUGGUGAUCCCAAGCAGCAAGUGUUGACAACUGGGGUUGGCCCUGGAUUGGUGGUUGAGGUUGAAGAUCUGAGGGAAUGCAAGCAGAAGCUUAACGAGCAGUGCAGCAAGAAACAUUGGCCAAAACCCAUCUUUAAGUUAGAGAAGGAAGAUGGUCCUGCACAUGAUAGGAAGUUCAUGUACUCUGUUGAGGUAGAAACCCAAAAUGGUACAUAUUUCGCUAGAGGUGAUCCGAUGUCAAGGGUAAAGUAUGCAGAGAACUCCGGUGGGCAGAAGAUGUUGGAACUUCUAUUAAAAUUAAAAUUGUGAGUUCUUUUGAACUUUUUUUGAGUAACCACGGGGAAAGGCUCUCCAGCUGCAUAUAUCAACUCAAAAUCGGAGAGUUUAUGAAACUAAGGCUAUGUAGUCACAUCACAGACUGAUGUGUACCAAUAGAUCUCUGAUUGCUAAAAUCAGAAUAUCCAAAUGAUAAGGGAAAACAAUAACUAGUGAACUCAA